AUGGCCACACCCGCACAAAUACGGAAAAACCAUGGCCACACCUACUCAAAUACGGCAUCACAAUGGCCACAUCUACUCAAAUACGCCAUCACAAUGGCCACACCCACACAAGUACGGCACCACCAUGGCCACACCCGUACAAAUACGACACCACCAUGGCCACACCUGCACGAAUACGUCACCACCAUGGCCACACCCACACAUAUACGGCACCACUCUGGCCACACCAUGACCACAUCAUGGCCACACAAUGGCCACACCAUGGCCACACCAUGGCCACACCAUGGCCACACAAUGGCCACACCAUGGCCACACCAUGGCCACACCAUGGCCACACCAUGGCCACACAAUGGCCACACAAUGGCCACACCAUGGCCACACCAUGGCCACACCAUGGCAUCACCAUGGCCACACCAUGGCCACACCAUGGCAUCACCAUGGCCACACCAUAGCCACACCAUAGCCACACCAUGGCCACACCAUGGCCACACCAUGGCCACACCAUGGCCACACCAUGGCCACACCAUGGCCACACCAUGGCCACACCAUGGCCACACCAUGGCCACACCAUGGCCACACAAUGGCCACACCAUGGCCACACCAUGGCCACACCAUGGCCACACCAUGGCCACACCAUGGCCACACCAUGGCCACAUCAUGGCCACACCAUGGCCACAUCAUGGCCACACCAUGGCCACACCAUGGCCACACCAUGGCCACACAAUGGCCACACCAUGGCCACACCAUGGCCACACCAUGGCCACACCAUGGCCACACCAUGGCCACACCAUGGCCACACAAUGGCCACACCAUGGCCACACCAUGGCCACACCAUGGCCACACCAUGGCCACACAAUGGCCACACCAUGGCCACAGACCUACGGAGUUAAACGCCUAAAAGAGGCGGAAGUGAGAGGUCAUUGUGGUGGGCGUAACCCGGGCGGUGGGCGGCGUGGCACAAUGGGCCGAACUUGA